AUGCGGUGGACUACAGCCUCACAUCUUCUUACUCUCUGCUUCUCUCUAGCCACGUCAACUCAGGCUGGAAGAUCAGAUGAUAUAUCUGCACAAGUUGGACACCACGUUGUUUUCUCUUAUCCAGGCCUCAACCCACCAACACAUCUAUUCGACUUGAUCAAACAAGGCAAAGUGGGUGGUAUCAUCCUCUUCGGAGAAAACGUCGCCGACAACAUCAGCACAAUCAUCAGCGACUUCCAAGAUGCCUAUAAACAGAGCUCCACGUAUGUGGGAAGCCCUCUAUUGAUUAUGACCGACCAAGAGGGCGGAAUAGUCCGACGACUACCCGGUGGACCAGUCCAAAGCGCCAAACAAGUUGGCCAGUCGAGCAACCCGCGAGCGAGUGCGACACAAUCUGGCAAGGACGCUGCGAGUGCUCUCCGGAACUACCAGGUGAAUACCAAUCUUGCGCCAGUCCUGGGGGUGUAUCGCGAGGCAGGCGACUUUUUGGAUAAUUAUGGCCGUUCCUAUGGGAAUACCUCUGCGCUGGUCGCAACAUGUGGACCAGCGUUCAUUAGCGCCCAGCAAGCAGCCGGGAUCAUCGCAACAGCUAAACACUUCCCUGGUCUUGGAGCGGCUGGCAAAACUGAGAACACGGAUGAGGUGCCCGUCACCAUCGACCUGACACUGGAUGAGAUUCGCGCCGUCGACGAAAUCCCGUACACGAAGGCUAUUCCCGCUGGUGUUGACAUGGUAAUGAACUCUUGGGCACUGUACCCGGCCUUGGACGCCAAGUACCCGUCAGGACUAAGCAAAGCCUGGAUUCAGGAUGAGCUGCGCGGGCGACUUGGUUUCCAGGGUGUCACUAUUACAGACGCAAUCGAGGCUGGGGCUCUUCAUGCCUUUGGCGAUGAUGCCGCGCGCGGUGUCCUGGCUAGCCAGGCCGGUAUGGAUAUAAUUCUUGCGUCUGCACGGAAUGUCACGCAAGGAGAGGCUGUUGUUACCGCGCUGGUCUCAGCAUUGCAGGAUGGCUCCUUGUCGCAGGAGUCUUUCUCAGAGGCCACUGAUCGCAUUCUAGCCCUUCGUAAGAAGAUCACUGUGUGA